GUUUGUGACGUCAGUAACGUCAUAUGGCACAUGCCCGCGGACCGCCAACUCCCACAUGCAGUCCACUCGUAGACCUACUAUCUUUUAAUGGAUUAUGAGCUCAACUAGCUUUCAUCCGAAUGCAGUCAUCAAGCUGGCGGGUCAAAAGUUUGCCGUUGGUUACAAAAGUGGCUCGCAGACGAGCUUCAGGAAGGUCACCAACGUUCUCGGGCGUUUACCCGUAUCCAUAACAGCAGUGGGAAAGGGGCGAGGGGAUGUUCGGCUCCAAGAACAAACCCCCUCCGCUAUCGUCCCUUUUGAGUAUGCUCAGGACCCCGACGCGGCAGCUUAGUCCGUCGACCCCCACAACAUACUCAUCGAGACCCUUAGUCACGAGUUCUGUACAUUCUUCGGCAGCGGACAAUACCGUCACAACCAGCUUCUCGGUAGCAUCAUUUGAGAGCGUGGGCGUAUCGACAUGCAAUAUGAAUCGUUCGAUCCUGGCCGCAUCCUCGACGAAGGGUUCGAGCACCCCAACCACCGCACUCCCGAGCACUUGGACGCCGAGGACAAAGGACGGUUCCGUCUCCGUCUACCGCUCAAGGACAUCUCUGUCGCAGCUCGUCCAAUACGACAUGCAUCAGAGCUCUGCCGUCGGUAACGUGAAUCAGCAACAGGCGCAGCCCUACGCCAACGCUGGUUGGCCCGAGCAUCAACAGGACAAAGUCGGAACUCGGCCGCCUAACUAACACUCUUAAGGGUCAUUGAGCAACGGAUGACAACCUUGACCCGAGAACAGGUCGCUCACGUAAUGGAAAUGCUGCCUUAACAUCACCGCCAUGCCCAUUGUGCGGGCGAUGGCAGUUCUCGAAGUCACCCAAGCCAUCAAUGAGCUUGCCAACAGGCUCAUACGCACCGUUGUCUACUAG